AUGGUGGAUCCGAUCCCAUCCCCGGCGGAGCUUCCCAGUGCAAAGGUGGAUCCCAAGUCAUCCCCGGCGGAGCUUCCCAGUGCAAAGGUGGAUCCCAAGCCAUCCCGGGCGGAGCUUCCCAGUGCAAAGGUGGAUCCCAAGCCAUCCCCAGUCGAAGAUGCCAGUGCAAAACCAGAUCUAGCCGCAGCAUCCUCUUCGGGAACAGGAGGUGGUUCCAAGCCGAAGCCAAUGCCACGAAGCAAGAUUCACGUUUUCUCGGGGGACAGAGUGGAUACCGAUCCUAGACGCCAGCAAGUUCGAUAUCAGCUGAAUAUCAGGAUGGAGCAAGUGAGGCAGCAACUGGAGAUGAGGAAGGCUGCUGCUAAAGCAGCUCCAGUGCCUCGCGAGCUGGAUUCGAGCAGCUCGGCCAUCAAGUUUGAUAUUUGUUUGUUAGCCUUUCGAGGAGGUUUUGUUGUUUGGAUCUCCAAAGGUUCUGGCUUGAAGCCCGACGAGGAGGAGACCCAGGCCUACGACGGCGAAGCUGGUGAGGCCGCCUUUCUUGCAGCCGAGACGAACGGGAGCACGCACGACGGGGAGCCGCCGAAUCCCCCUACGGAGCCAACGAUCGAGCCGCCUGCAAAGCCGAAUGCGCCGAAGAGGACCCCCCCGAAGGCAACUCCCACCCUCGAGACCUACGACCCCAAGGCAGGGCGGUUCUUUGGAUUGCGACCAAGUUAG